GGGUCGAAUGCGUGACCGGCGAGGCUGAGUCCUCACCCGUUUGAUAUCAUCUCGCCAGUUGCAAAUUUCGUGCUCCCUCUUUUUUUCUCUUCUCCUUCAUGCUCCAUCUACUCGUUCCGCGCUGCCAGUCACUCUCUGUAGUGACAUUUUACCGCUCCAAGACCGCCGCCCCCGCCUCUACUCGAGGCUUUACCCUUCUCCCUAGUGUGGUGAGUUUGCGAGGUCGUUUUCCUCGGACCAAGUCGACUUCUUCUAGAAGUCGGCAUUGUUGGGCAACUGAUUGAUCAGUUGUUCUCCGGUCCUUGGAAUCCUUCAAUAGCAGCUCACCCACUCUUCCGUCGUCAUGUCUCAACCACCUCAACAGAGUAGUGGCAAGACCACAAAGGAGCCGGCUGCUCCCAAGACUGGCCCCGAAGCCAAGGCUGCUCAGGAUACCGCCCCUGCCCCAAAGACCGACAAGCAGCUGUUGGCUUAUAAAUACUACUGCCUCGUGCACGUUGGUGGCAUCACGGCCGAAUUUGUCUAUUACGCCAACCCAGCUCAUUCGCACUGGCGCGGAUUUACGUUGAACCUGCCUCGUGGCGCCAGCAACGUCGAGGAUGGCUUCGGCACUUUCCACAGUUUCGAUCCCCAGCAGCGAAAGGCGUCGGUCUCCCAAGAGCUCAGCUUGCAUGUCCGCUUGCCCAUGCACAAGACCAAGGCCCAAGCAUGGGAGUGGCCUCCAGAGGAUCGCGAGGAAUACCGGACUGGUCCUUGGAUCCGAAUCCACCUACAGGUCGAUGAGGACGCCGAAGUCGAGGUCGAUAACUGGGGCAUGCCUUACGAGAACAAAGGACACCCCUGUGACGAGUGGAUCAACGGCGCGGCAUCGGUGGGUGGUAUACGCCUGGUCGACUUCUUGAAGGGACGGGAUUUCUUCUUCUCCGUCCGGGGCCCGAAGACCCCCCAUAUCUACCUCGAAAAGUUCGAUCUGUCCACCAAGCUCGCCAAAGGCCAAGAGCUUCCUUACGGCAAUGAUCACGGUUGGAAUCCCGCCCUCUACCGUGGACCGAUGAGCGAGGAUAUCAGGGGCGAUCAGUUUGAGCUUUGCAUGCGCUUCGACGAUACGAAUGCGCUCAUAGCGACCAUUUCCCAGUCCGUCUUCCAGGACCAGUUCUGGGUCGCCGAAGAGGCCAUGAAGAUCUUCAAGACCAAGCUUCCGGCCUACCUCCUCCCAAAGGGCGACGAAGAGCCCGAAUGUUCCAGUUUCUUCCUGAUCGUCAGACUGAACAAGGCAUUCCGUAUCACCUUUGCGGAUGCUUGGGCGCGCCUUCAAAAGGGAGACGGCACGGACCGCAUUUGGGUGAGCUUCUUCGAAGACCAGUAUGAGCUGGACUGGGCUCGUUUCAAAGACGACCACAAGAAGUGGGGAGAAGAGGCUUAUGCGCUCAGCACUCUAGCUGACCUUCGGGUCAUCGAAAGACCGGACAGGUUUCCGGUGCUCAAGAACCACGGCCUCGAUGAGUUUGACCUGGUGCUCAACUACGGGAAGCCCCUGGAGAUCCCGGAACCGUCAGUGGUUCUGAGAGAGUUCUCCUCCCGUCAGCAAGCCCUGGACGCCCUGGCCGCCGAUAGGUCGUCUUGGAACACGGUCACGUUGGCGCUUGACCCCCAACUCGCGGACACACAGUCCCUGGUGGAGGCUGUCUCGGAAAUGGACAAUGGCUCGAAGCGGACAUGUGACAGGCCUGACUUCCGCAAGGACAAGGACGCUGCCGCACUCUCCCAGUCCCGGAUAAUUGAGUUGUGGUCUGGUCGAGGCUUCUGGCGAACCCAGCUCGAGGCAAGGAAUCCUCGCGCGGCGGAGCGCCUCGGCGUGCUCAGCAUGCUCAGCAUGCUGUCCCUCGAGUCCCGUCCAACUUUCAAAGAACGGGAAUGGGCCUUGCCCACGACGAACCUGCUGCCCGAGGACAGUCUCUACUGGGAGGCUCUGAAGACCGACGUGGACCGCGACGACGUGCAACAGUUCGAACGCCACAUGGCCCGAGCACCACUGGGGAUCGUGCUCAUUUCUGCGGGUGCAGGGUACGGCAAGACAACCCGCGCCGCCGUGGCAGCCCUAUGCCUGGUCGAUCGGUUCAAGAAGGUCUACGCCAGCGGUCCGACGCACAUUGCUGUCAACAACUUCCUCGAGCGAACGGACAGGCUCGAUGCCAAAGCCGUCGACUACUGCAGGAACAGCAAUGGGGCCGACCAAGGACGCGUGCGCCGCCUGAUUGUUCGUGUCCGGGGACAAGGUGCCGAGGUGCAUGCCAUCCGACGGCUCCUCGAGAACCCUGACCUGACCGAGUCCGAAUUGUUCCCGUGGCAGGUUGGCCGCAACGAUCGCUGGCAGCUCCAGAACUCGGCGACGUACUGGCUGCUGAAGAUCUUUGGAUCUCCGGCCGUGGCAGCGCUGGACGAUCGCGACCCGGCGGCCGUGGUGGCCUUACACAAGGACAUCGCGUCCAUCCAUGGCGGGCAACGCUUGCUCGACGCCGUCAAAGCUGGCGAUUGGGACAUUGUCGCCGUGCAUCCGACUGUCUCACCAGAUUCAUUGUCCUGUCUCACGUGUCAAUUGCUGCAGGAUGCUGACAUGAUCUUCUCGACACCUGCGGCGAGUAGGCAUGGCACUUGUCUGGAUUGGAAGCAGCACCAUGCCGCGGCCUUUGCCGUCGACGAGGCAGCCAAUAUGAAGCGGGCUGACAUGAUGCGGCUCUGGGGCAACUGCCUCCAGCCAAUGGUGAUGUCAGGGGACGACGAGCAGCUCGAGCCGGCGGUGAUGACCGAGUAUAACCAGGACGGCAAGGGGCGCUUCCUCAACCGGCACUUUCAAGACGGCAAGAUGUCGGCCAUGCAGUGGCUCAAAGCCCACAGCUGGCCCGUCUACGUCCUGACCAAGCAGUUCCGCAUGGCUCGUGGCAUGAUGGACGCUAUUAGCGACAUUAUAUACCCCGAGGUCAAGCUCGUCUACGCGCCCUCGUGCGAUAUCACAAAUGCCGUCCAUCGACCCGGCGUCUUGUUAGACGAGUUCCUGCGCGAGAAGUUCCCCUCGAUAGCGCCCGCGCCGACCGACAAGCUCUAUCCGGCUUUUAUGCAUUGCCCCGAGACAUUCACCUACCUGAACCCCGUGACGCAUGGCAAGUCAAACCACGAGCAAUGCGAACGAGCGCUCAACUUCUGGUGCGAGUUCUCGGAAUGGGUCGAGGCCAAGGGCGGCGUUCUGGAUCAUCGUCAGAUUGUCACUAUUUGCCCAUACAAGGCCAAUCUCGAGGUGAUCCAGAGCCUGCGUCGGAAGUCCAAGUACGCCCGCCUGGACAAGAUGCCGCCCGCCGCGACUGUCGACUCGUUUCAGGGCAAGGAGGGUGAUCUCGUCUGCCUGAUCCUGGGCACCACGUGUGCCGUUGGCGCCGGUUUCACGUCGAACCGUAACCGGCUCAACGUAGCCUGCACGCGUCACAGGUCCGGUCUGGUCGUCUUUGGCGACAUUCACGUCAUGGGAGCCGUAGACGGCGUCGAGAACCAGACGGGCAAGGGAAAGGGAAAGGGCAAGGGCAAGGGCAAGGGCAGCAACAAGGUGAUGACGCCGGACGGCAAGAAGGUGCUGCAUUUCACGGCAGAGGGGAUCAAGGCCUCCAGUCUCAAAGGCCCUUUGAGGGAGUUGUUGAAGUGGUUUGGGGAGAAGAAGCGUGUGGGCGUCAUCCGGGGCGAGGAGAAGAAGACGGAGUGA